AUGGCCGCUUCUUCUCCGGCCGUGUCCACCAUCCUCGCAGUCGUCGCUGUGGCGCUGCUCCUGGCGGCCGCCGGCGCGCCGACGGCGUCCGCGGCGCGCGCCUUCUUCGUGUUCGGCGACUCCCUCGUCGACAACGGCAACAACAACUACCUCAUGACGACGGCGCGCGCCGACGCGCCGCCCUACGGCAUCGACUACCCCACGCACAUGCCCACGGGGCGCUUCUCCAACGGGCUCAACAUCCCCGACAUCAUCAGCGAGUACCUCGAGUCUCCGCCCGCGCUGCCGUACCUGAGCCCCUACCUCCGGGGCGACCAGCUGCUCGUCGGCGCCAACUUCGCCUCCGCCGGCGUCGGCAUCCUCAACGACACCGGCGUGCAGUUCGUGAACAUCAUUCGGAUCGGGCAGCAGCUGCAGAACUUCGAGGACUACCAGCGGAGGCUGGCCGGCUUCAUCGGCGAGGACGCGGCGAGGCAGCGCGUCAACCAGGCGCUCGUGCUCAUCACCCUCGGCGGCAACGACUUCGUCAACAACUACUACCUCGUGCCAUUCUCCGCCAGGUCCCAGCAGUACGAGAUCCACGACUACGUGCCCUUCAUCAUCUCUGAGUACAAGAAAGUGCUCGCGAGGCUGUACGAGCUGGGCGCCCGGCGCGUGGUCGUGACGGGGACGGGGAUGAUCGGGUGCGUGCCGGCGGAGUUGGCCCUGCACAGCCUGGACGGCUCCUGCGCGCCGGACCUGACGCGCGCCGCCGACCUCUUCAACCCGCAGCUGGAGCAGAUGCUGACGGAGCUCAACGGCGAGGUGGGGCACGACAACGUCUUCAUCGCCGCCAACACCAACAGGGCCAGCUUCGACUUCCUCUUCAACCCGCAGCAGUACGGCUUCGUCACCGCCAAGGUGGCCUGCUGCGGCCAGGGCCCCUACAACGGGCUCGGCCUCUGCACGCCGGCGUCCAACGUGUGCGCCAACCGCGACGUCUACGCCUACUGGGACGCCUUCCACCCCACGGAGCGCGCCAACCGGAUCAUCGUCGGAAACUUCAUGCACGGCACCACCGACCACAUCAGCCCCAUGAACCUCAGCACCAUCCUCGCCAUGGACAGCAGGAACUAG